AUGGCAGAGCGUCCGCAGAACCUUCAAGCUCUCUUUGCCGCCGCGAAAGAGCGGAAACGUGAGCUGGAGUCGAGUUUAGAGACAAAUAGCGAUUCGUACCGCGACAAGGUCAACGAAACAAUCGCCCAGUUUGAAGAAUGCCAGAAACUUAUCAGGGAGCUGUCUCUGUUCAGCUCCAAUGAAGGCGUUGAGGAUAUCGCUACUGCAGAUUUACAGUAUGAUUGUACCGCGAAAGACUUAGUUCAGCGAUCGUCCGGGCCUGAUCGAGAGGCCGUUCUCCGACGUGCGUUAACACAGUAUGAGAAGUAUCUGAUGCGCUUAGAUGAAUAUGAUCUGUUAUCGCCUGACAAUAAGAAACUCCACGAACGAUACCUAGAGAAUCCUUCUGCAUUUACUCUGGCUUCUAUGAAUGAUGCUGCGGCUCGCCGGCAGGUAAAAGUUGCUAGGUUUCGGGAGGAAAAGGAGCUCAAGCAAAAGCUCGAGAACGAUGACGAUACUACUAGACAACUAUACUUGGCGGAAAUAAAUCUCUAUACCCAUCAAACGUUUCAGGCACUCGAUUUGAUAUCACAAGAGCUAUCUAUGUUGUCGCAAAUGCGCAAUGCACCUCCACAGCCUGAGAAUACUGGCCAGGAUGAUCCGAGGAAACAAGAUAACAGGGACAAGACGGGCUAUUCGGAGCGGCUGGAUCCACCAGUCUCUCAGCUUCUGAAGGGUGGGAAACUUGGACCACUAUUGAGCAAAGAUGGGAAGCCGUUACAACCAUUCACGCUUACUGAUCGCCGAACACAACUCCGAGAAGGCGUCUUCAGACCGGGUCACAACCUGCCCACUAUGACGAUUGAAGAGUAUCUGGAGGAGGAAAGAAAGCGCGGUGGCAUCAUUCAAGGAGGGAACCAAAACGAGGUUCGAGAAAUCGAUGAAGAUGAUAUGGAAAAAGCCGAUGAGGAAACGAUGAAAGCGAGAGCCUGGGAUGAGUUCAAGGAGGAAAACCCAAGAGGCUCUGGAAACACUCUAAACAGGGGUUGA